AUGGACUUCGACAAGGAGGACCGCAAGUUGGAAGAGCAGAUCAUCUUGGCAGAGACCGCACUAGCCACUGCACAAGAGGCGCUCGACGAUGCGAAGAAGGUUGCAACAGAAGAGGAGUUGAAAGAUCAAGUAGAAACCAUCGAAGACGAGGAGGAAGCAGUGGACCGCACGGUCAAGACAAGCCAGAUUAUGAGAGAGGGACUCUCUGGUAUGUUGGAUGGCCUUGUCCAACUCAAGGCUCGAACAGAGGACAUUGGAGAGGAGCAGGGCAACAAACGUCAACGCACAGACGACGGUUUGGCCAAGUCCUCGGCAAUGCAGCCUUUUGGUGGGGAUCAUGUGAUUGCUCACUUGCCGAUUGAUUUGGUCUUCGUUAAACCUCAGCCACCAGCCCUGCAGGCUGACGGCACUGUGGCCACAGUCAUCGUACAUCAAAACCCUGUACCUCCAAGAGUGCCGUGUCUCAUCACUGCCGUCCUCAUUGAUGAUCCCAACACUCGCAUUCUUGAGAUGGCUCACUCAGUUGUACCUUUGUUGCCACCAAAUGAUGUUCUCCACCUUGGUGGCGUUGCAGACACAUGUCGUCAAAGAGAACAAGAAGGUCCUGAUUCAUGCACCCUACAUGUUGGUUUUCGUCUUCUUCCACGGAACCAAGCCAUUAUUGUAGAGGAGGGCAUGGGUAUCACUAUCAGAGUACCUUCUCGACUUUCUUCUGCAGAAGCUGAACAAAAUCUUGUUGCACGGGUCCAACAGCUCCGUGACAACCAUCCCAGACAUGAAUGGAAUGAUCCAGAACAGGAACGUCCAGAAGAAACACAUCCAGCCCCUGCGGGUCUUGGAACAACGGCACCACAGCCUGAAGAUGUCACAUCCUUUAUGGCCAGAUCACUUCACAGCUCCAGAAGUGCUGCGGACAGUGACUCAGAUUCCUCUGUCCCCACACAUGACAUGGAUGCAACAGAUGAAUCUCCAAGCCACAUUGACGCCGAGAGCUUCUUGACUGUCAUUUUCAGCUUGGAUGGACAAGAACGCCAGAUCGACGUCUUGAAUGCCUACUUCUGCAACGACAACAAGAUGCCCCAUCAGUCAACUUCCUCAGACUAUGUCUCGUUGACGUUGAGUACAAAGCUGACGCCAGAGGAUCACAACUGCGAAUUGACCGCAGACCAAAAUGGAUGCCCCGCAGAAUUAACAGAGCAUCCAUCAUUCUACUUGCUGGCUUUGGUGGCUUUUGCGCCCUGUCACCGAGCAGGACGGCCAGAACUUCAAUUUGGAGACCACCUUGAAUGUCUCGAUGCAUUGCACCGAACUUGGGCUGUGCAUUCAGCAAUUGAAAGGGAGGACGAGGGCAGGGUCUUGUACAUCUCGACUUGGUUUCCGGAUGCUGGACGUUGGCCUGAGUGUGAUGAAUCUCGACCAGUGAGACUCUUGCAAGACUUUGGACAAUGGGCAGAUGCCAUUGCUGAAGCGUGGGAUGAUCGACUGGAUCCUGACUGCCCUGUCCACCUCUACCUCAUCACUCCACAACCAAGAUCAUCUCUGUGGAUGCCGGAAAAUCCUGUGGCUCAUUCCAAGAGCAUUCACAUUGCGACACUCAAUCCUGCCAGAGGAGAUCAAGGCAACUCUGGAUGCAUUCGCAUUGUCCCGACACAACUCUGGAGGGCACACAUCCUCGAAGCAGCUGGUAUUCUGCAAUUUUGUCGUCCAGGGCAUGUUGACUGCAUGGUAUGGUGGGGAGAAUUUGAGCUCAGAGAUGGACAGCAGUAUCAAGCUCGACAUGGCUUCUCCUUCUCGAUCAUCAGGAACAACAUCGCUGAUAUCAGCGCAUCAAGUGGUGAGCACUCUGCCCUUGCGAGAGUUGAGACGGAUGGUCCUGCUCUCCUACAGACCAAUCUCCACUUGCACAAGAAGAAGAUUUCACUUGAAGAACUUGUGCCAAUUGUACCACCUGAAGCCACUCCUAUGCCUUUCGCCUCAUUGCAGGUGCACCUAUGGCUCCUCUGCCCACUUAUGUGGAAUGUCCUUCUUCAGGCACUUCUAGUGAGAUUCAACUUGAACUCCGACAUUGGGGCCACAUCUGCGAUGUUUACAAGUUUGGAAGUCAUGAUGUUGCACUUUGUGUACCGAAAGGGUGGAAAACGUCGACAGAACUGA